AGCGCCCGAGAUGAUGGUGCUGGACAAGGAGGACGGCGUGCCGAUGCUGUCCGUCCAGCCCAAAGGGAAGCAGAAGGGCUGCGCUGGCUGCAACCGCAAGAUCAAGGACCGCUACCUGUUGAAGGCCCUGGACAAGUACUGGCACGAGGACUGCCUCAAGUGCGCCUGCUGCGACUGCCGCCUGGGAGAGGUGGGCUCCACCCUCUACACCAAGGCCAACCUCAUCCUGUGCCGCCGAGACUACCUGAGGCUGUUCGGCACCACGGGAAACUGCGCUGCCUGCAGCAAGCUGAUCCCAGCCUUCGAGAUGGUGAUGCGGGCCCGGGACAAUGUGUAUCACCUCGACUGCUUCGCCUGCCAGCUCUGCAACCAGAGAUUUUGUGUGGGCGACAAAUUCUUCCUGAAGAACAACAUGAUCUUGUGUCAGAUGGACUAUGAGGAGGGGCAGCUCAAUGGCACCUUUGACUCACAGGUUCAGUAAUGCCCAGCGCCUGGCCUCCGGCCCAUCUGCCCGUCUGCCCGCCUGCCCACUGCCCGGCUGGCCAACCGCUCUCCCACCGGUUAGAACUCCUCCAUCCUCCACGGGAAGGACGGCCCUCCCUCCGCCGUUGCCCGUCUGUGUGUGACCCCUCCUGGGGCCAGGCUGGGCCUGUACAGUCUGUCUUCUGUAUA